AUGAAGCUCACUACUGCCCUUGCAAUUGUCCCUCUCGCCGUGCUAUCUUUGGCUGCCCCUCUUGAACAACGGGCUUUGCCUACCCCGGUCAGCGCCGCCACUGCUCGAACCUACCUCUCUCAAUCUGUAUUGAAACGAGACGGCACCAAUGUUGUCACCGGCUCCAACUGCGCGGCUACCUCUGGCCAUUGGGUAUCUCCUUACGAUAACGUUCCUACCACGCUUGCAAGCGACCUCGACAUCGAUCAUCUGGUCCCUCUCAAGGAGGCCUGGGUCUCUGGUGCUCGAUACUGGACCACCGCUCAGAGGCAGGCGUUUGCCAACGACCUCAUUCGCCCGCAGCUCGUGGCGGUCACCGACGACUAUCGCUGCACUUAUGCGCGAGCCUGGGUCCAAGUUAAACGCCACUACAACCUCUCCGUCGACUCGGCGGAGAAAGCGGCGUUGACUAGCAUCCUCAACGGUUGCUAA